GGCAAGUGCAUUGUCAACUCCAUCUCUCUGAAAGAGGGAGAGGACAAGUUCAGGGAGCAGGCACGCAUUGUGAAGCGUCACGGCGCUGCUGUGGUGGUGAUGGCGUUUGAUGAGGAAGGGCAGGCGGCAGACUGUGCCAACAAGGUGCGCAUCUGCCAGCGUGCUUACCGCAUUCUGGUGGAGGAAGUUGGGUUCAACCCUCAAGAUAUCAUCUUCGAUCCCAACAUCCUCACUGUGGGCACCGGCAUGGCGGAACACAACAAUUAUGCCGUCGAUUUCAUUCGUGGCACACGGGAGAUCAAGCGGCUGUGCCCGGGUGCCAAGAUCAGCGGCGGCGUGUCCAACAUUGCAUUUUCCUUCCGCGGCAACGAGCCGGUGCGGCGCGCCUUCCACAGCGCCUUCCUGCACCACGCCUGCAAGGCGGGCAUGGACAUGGGCAUCGUGAAUGCCACGCAGGUCCAGGCGGAUUUGUAUGAGAAGAUUGACAAGGAGCUGCUGGAGUAUGUGGAGGAUGUGCUGCUCAACCGCCGGGAAGACAGCACCGAGCGUCUGCUCGACUACGCAGGCACACUGGAUCCCAAGAGCAAGCCAACUGCACCGCGCAAGCUGAAUGGAGAGCCCAGCACCCCGGCAUUCACCCCCAAGCUCAACCCCAUUCCAGCUGGUGUGGAUCCUCUCGCGCCAGACACAGACCUGCCUCCUGUGCCCGCCUACCAGCCGUGGCGCGACCCGCUGGCCAAGUCGGAGGCGUUUGGCCAGCUGGAGGCGAUGAUGCAGGAGCGCAUCAUCUUCAUCGACGGCGCCAUGGGCACCAUGAUCCAGCGCUACAAGCUGCAGGAGGAGGACUUCCGCGGCGAGCGGUACAAGAGCCAUGAGCAUGAGCUCAAGGGCAACAACGAUUUGCUGGUGCUGACUCGGCCCGACGUGAUUGAGGAGAUCCACACUGCGUACCUCACCGGCGGCGCCGACAUCAUUGAAACCAACACCUUCAAUGGCACCACCAUCUCGCAGGCCGACUACCAGCUAGACCAGGUGGAGGAGGUUGCCCUGAUCAACCGUACGGCAGCACAGCUUGCCAAGAAGGCCACAGCCGCCUACAUGGCGGCCAACCCGGGCAGCCGCAAGUUUGUGGCGGGCGCCAUUGGCCCCACCAACAAGACGCUCAGCGUGUCCCCCAGCGUCAUCAAGUCGGCGCGCGUGAUGAAGCGCGCCGUGGGCCACCUCAUCCCCUACAUCGAGGAGGAGAAGGCGCGCAACGGGCAGACCGGGGACGACAACGCGGGCGUCAUCAUCAUGGCCACCGUCAAGGGCGAUGUGCACGACAUCGGCAAGAACAUCGUGGGCGUGGUGCUGGGCUGCAACAACUUCAAGGUGCAGCAGGGCGUGCGGCGCAAGGUGCUGCGCUGGGUCAUCGACAUGGGCGUGAUGUGCCCCUGGGAGAAGAUCCUGGACGCCGCCGUGGAGCACAAUGCCGACAUCAUCGGCCUGUCUGGCCUCAUCACCCCCUCCCUGGACGAAAUGGUCACCGUGGCGAAGCGCAUGGAGGAGCGCGGCCUGCGCCUGCCGCUGCUCAUCGGCGGCGCCACCACCUCCAAGAUGCACACGGCGGUGAAGAUCGAGCCGCAGUACAGCGGGCCGGUGGUGUACGUGCUGGACGCCUCGCGCAGCGUGCCCGUGGCGCAGUCCCUCCUGGACGCGCGGCAGAAGGAGGAGUUUGUGGAAGACAUCAGGGAGCAGUACUCUGAGAUGCGGGAGGAGUUUUAUGCGGGGCUGGAGGACCGCAAGUAUGUGACCCUGCAGGAGGCGCAGAGGAAGGGGCUGCAGGUGGACUGGAGCGCGCCGGAGAAUGCGCCGGUACGGCCCAGGCAGCUGGGCACGCAGGCGUACCUGGACAUGCCUAUUGAAGAGCUGCUGCCGUACAUCGACUGGAACCCUUUCUUCCAGGUGUGGCAGCUGCGGGGGCGCUACCCCAACCGAGGCUACCCCAAGAUCUUCAACGACGAGGCGGUGGGCGGGGAGGCCAGGAAGCUGUUUGAUGAGGCGCAGGCCAUGCUGCAGGACAUCAUCGCCGGCAAGAAGCUGCGCAUCGUGGGCAUCGUGGGCAUCUUCCCCGCCAACUCGGUGGGCGACGACAUAGAGGUGUACACCGACGAGAGCAGGGCGCAGGUGGCCGCCCGCUUCCACGGCCUGCGGCAGCAGGCGGAGAAGGACGGCGACGAGCCGUACUACUGCCUGUCCGACUUUGUGGCACCUCGCUCCACAGGCACCGUGGACUACCUGGGCAUGUUUGCCAACUCGGCCAUGGGGGUGGAGGCGAUGACCGAGGUGUUCAAGGCGGAGGGGGAUGACUACUCCUACAUCAUGGCCGAGGCGCUGGCUGACCGGCUGGCAGAGGCCGCGGCAGAGCGGCUGCACGAGCUGGUGCGGCGGGAGGUGUGGGGGUAUGCCGCGGACGAGGCGCUGUCGGUGGACGACAUGCUCAAGGUGAAGUACCGCGGCAUCCGCCCCGCCGCGGGAUACCCCUCCCAGCCCGACCACACCGAGAAGCGCACGAUGUGGGAGCUGAUGCGGGUGGAGCAACAG